GAACUCGAAAUCUUUCGCAUAACGUUAUUUUCGGGAUUUGAGGCUGGGAACCGAGUUGUUCAAUCAUAAGCUUCAAUUUUUGAUCGGUGUUGUGAACCGGGUAUUGUCAUCCUCGCGUAAUCCUGGCUGACCCCGAGUAACUUAGUAGUGGCUAGCUACAGCACAAAUUAGAACUUCCGAGCACACGUCUGCAAUCAUUCAGUAUUGAUCGGAACUGACUGUGCUAUAGGCAAGGCUCGACUUGCUUACCGUAAACGAAAUGGUGGCUAAUCUAGGGACGCCGAAGUCCCCACCAGCACUAGGAAUACCAGAUUCUGCGUAUACAGUAGAUGUUAGGGUUAUUGAUACCGGGACGCUCCUCCAUCUUAACCCUUCCCUCUUCUGGCAACCUCCAAUUGAUGGCUUCACAGGGCUUCAUGCCCCAAUAUAUUGUUUUCUGGUUUCGCAUGGGAACCAGCACGUGAUAUUCGACCUGGGUGUCCGUACAGACUGGGAGAACUAUGCACCCAAGAUAGUAUCGAUUAUCACAGCUACAACAACCGUCACACCCGGCUCGGAUGUACCGUCCGUACUGGAUGGAGAUACAAGCGGUCUCGGAAUCCGUAGCGCCGACAUUGGGGCUGUCAUCUGGUCUCACAAUCAUUUUGACCAUGUCGGGGACGUGUCCCGGUUUCCACCUACCACCGACCUAAUCGUCGGACCCGGCGUCCGAGGCGCCUCCUGGCCCGGUUGGCCGACGAAUCCUGAUGGGACUGUACUCGACAGCGACGCAGAAGGUCGCGUGGUUCGGGAGGUUUCCUUCGAAGCGGGGCUCAAGAUCGGUCGCUUCGAUGCCAUGGACUUCUUUGGUGAUGGGUCUUUCUAUCUACUAGACGCGCCGGGACAUGCAGUCGGUCAUCUCUGUGCUCUUGCGCGAACAACAGCUGACGAGCCGACUUUCGUGUUCAUGGGUGCGGAUGCGUGCCACCAUCCAGGCCUACUCCGACCCAGCAAUUACCUACCAUUGCCUUCUACAACUAGUUUGAAUGGGAUACUAACGGGCCCAUCGCAAUGUCCUGGUGAAAUUCUUCAACAGUUGACCCGCCCCGAUGAGCCUUUCUUCACGGUGGCACCUCGUAUGUUCCCCGACCACGACGCGGCUAUGGAUACGGUCCGGAAAAUCCAGGAACUCGACGCGGCUGAUAAUUGCCUUGUUUUAAUUGCUCAUGACUUGUCACUCCGGGAUAAGAUUCCAUUAUUCCCAGAGACCAUCAAUGGCUGGAAAGGAAGUCGGGUCAAGACGGAAACACGUUGGCUUUUCUGUAACGAUUUCAUUCCCGCUUCAGGCCAUCAUGAAAAUGAACGUGGCAUCGAAGAGAGUCUAGUCAGUCAAACGACUUUGGAAUGUUAGUCAGGUAGAUUUACAACUUAGUAAUUACUGAACUGAUAAUUUAAUGUGAAGUUUCAGAA